AUGGCUAGCCCGCAGUGCUGCGCGAACCCGCCAACGCCCAGCCCCGACGUCGGGGAGGGCAAGGUCGUCGAAAGCUUCGGCGGGCUCAGGUCGUACCUCGCCGGCGCCCAAGAGUCCAAGCUCGCCGUUGUCCUUAUCUCCGAUAUCUACGGGUUUGAAGCGCCGAAUCUGAGGAAUAUAGCCGAUAAAGUUGCCUCGUCUGGAUACUUUGUUGUGGUGCCAGAUUUCUUCCAUGGGAAUGCAUACGUACCUGGAGAUGAUGUACACGUGUGGAUAAAAGAGCAUACUACGGACAAAGGAUUUGAAGAGGCAAAGCCAGUUAUUGAUGUUCUAAAGGAACAAGGAGUGUCCGUUGUUGGUGCUGCAGGUUAUUGCUGGGGUGCAAAGGUAGUUGCAGAGUUAGCGAAAGCUAAUGAGAUCCAAGCAGCUGUUAUGUUGCACCCCUCUUUUAUUACUGAUGAUGAUAUCAAAGAGGUGAAAUGCCCCAUCGCUAUACUUGGAGCUGAAACUGACGUAACGGCGCCACCAGAACAGGUCAAGCAGUUCGAACAGGUUCUAUCGUCAUCUAACACAGGGAUUGGUUACUUUGUCAAGAUUUUCCCUGGGGUUUCUCAUGGAUGGACUGUCAGAUACGACAACAACGACGCGGCAGCUGUGAAGAGCGCUGAGGAAGCCCUGGCGGACAUGACUGAUUGGUUUAACAAAAACCUAAGUGAAACUGGAGUGGCAGCCCUCCUUCCUUAA